AUGCCGAUUCCCGAAGCUCUGCUAAUCACGAACACAACUCUCUCCAUCACAGUCAAAGCAUUCACAACAUGCCAACAAGCCUACAGCCUCGUCAGAGGCAUCAAAGAUGCUCCAAAACACAUUCAGCGACUAUCAACGGACAUUUUAGGACUAUAUCAAGUGCUUGGUCUUCUGCAGACUGCCUUGACAAACGAUAAUGGACAAAAUGCACAACUGCCACGGCAGAUGGUCCAAGACCUAGAAGCUCUGCUAGAUACAUGCACACAACUUAGCAUCGAUGUGAUGACAGUGGUCAAUCCUCUGUUAACAGCAGGUGGGGAAGUCAAAGGCGGGAUCUGGAAAUCUAUAAGCUGGGAAUUGUUCAAGAAGAAUGAUCUUGUGAAUCUCCAGCAGACUCUCGCAACCUGCAAGCUAACUAUCAACAUGGCUAUUUCUGCUCUGAAUUUUGUUACAGGUAAUCAAACAAAUACCGCCCUCGAACAAAUUCAAAAAGAGGUUGCUCAAAUCAGGGAUGUCCAAGAACGCCAGGCGAACGUCGAGCAGGCAGAAAGCAUUUCUUCCACGGAGGCCGUCUGCAGAUUCAGUGUUGCAUCAUACAAUCUACCAUUACGGCGAUUUCUAGAGGAGACAGAAUCUCUCCUCGACCCAGAUGCUUCGUCGUUGAGCGAUACAAGUUUUAGGCCCUCUGGAGGCAGUCCCAUCGAUACUGGGCUUCCAGACAACUCUUGGCAACAAUUUGAUGGCAUUUCUCAGAAACGCACUCCUUUUAAUCACCACGACGGCUGGAGCAACCGAUACGUUCAAUAUAUUGCAGCAUGCUCUCCCAGUCAGAUCAAUUUUCAAUCAGCACGGUCUAUCUCAGGAACAAUGUCGUCACAACAGUCAAGGGGGCCAGUCGAAUCUGCCAACAAAUUACCGUGUACCGAGCCAAGUUGUUCUGCAUCAUUCACAAGAGAGGAUGAUCUCCGUCGACAUUUCGAGUUCAAACAUAGUGGCACUUUUACAUACCACUGUCCGUUCAGUACAUGCUCCUUGGACUGCCCAACGCCUUGCCAAGACCCCCAACAUCAUUGCACCUUCACUCAGCCUCGGAUAGACAAGAUGAAGAGGCAUUUCGAAGAGGUUCACCCAAGCACCGCCAGUGGCGACUUUGGCGAGUCGUUGUCAUGGUUUUAUUCUAAGACCAGAGAUAUGAUUAGCUUGAGAUGUGUGACUUGUGGAGAGUCUUUGGGCAAUCGAGAAGCUAGUUCGAAGGCAAUUGUGGAACCUCCAAGCUUCUGUGAAGUCUGUUUUUGCAUCGACAGCCUUGAAGAUUUGCUAUCCUCUGACGAAAACCUCUUUGCUCCUAAUUGA